UUAGGUUAUCAAGUCAAUGCGCAGUGUGUUCUACACGGGCAGAACAAGGGACAUAGUGUUUCGUAAGAAGCAGUUGCAGAAUCUGGUCAGACUCAUCGAUGAAAACAGGGAAGCCAUGUGUGAAGCAUUGUUCAAGGAUUUGCACAAGCCCAAGUUUGAGUCAGUCAUGUAUGAGACUGAUUUUGUCAAGAGUGAUUUGAUGAAUUGCAUUUAUAACUUGGAUAAGUGGACUAGCCUUGAAAAAGUUUCUAAGAACAUACCGACAAUGCUGGACUCUGCUUAUCUGCAACCUGAACCGUAUGGUGUGGUACUUAUCUUAGGGGCUUGGAAUUACCCAAUCCAGCUUACGCUAUGCCCGUUAAUUGGUGCUAUAGCUGCAGGAAACUGUGCCAUCAUUAAACCAUCGGAAGUGUCACCAGCCACGGCUGAACUGGUUGAAAAACUUAUUCCAAGCUAUUUAGAUCCGGAAUGCUUCAAGGUGGUUAACGGAGGUGUGCCCGAGACAACUGCACUGCUAGACGAGAAGUUUGACUAUAUCCUAUACACGGGUAGCCCAGCAGUCGGCAAGAUAGUCUACCAGGCGGCAGCCAAGCACCUCACCCCUGUUACUUUGGAGCUAGGUGGCAAAAACCCCACAUAUGUUGACAAGAAGUGUGACAUGAGAGUAGCUGCCAGAAGGAUAGCAUGGGGGAAGUGGUGCAACAGUGGACAGAUUUGCAUAUCACCGGACUAUGUUCUAAUAGAAAAAAAUUCACAGGAUGCAUUCGUGGAGGAAAUUAAAAAGGCUGUAAGUGAGUUUUAUGGGGAAAAUCCAAAGGAGAGCGAAGACUACUGCCGAAUGGUCAACAACAGACACUUGCAGAGAGUUAAGAAGCUAAUGGAAAAUGGCAAGGUGAUAUAUGGAGGUGAGGUGGAUGAAGAAAGUAAUUACAUUGCGCCAACCAUACUAGUCGACCUGGAUCCAGACCAUCCUGCGAUGCAAGAAGAGAUUUUUGGACCCAUUUUAGUUAUUCAGAAUAUCAAUGAUUUGGACGACGCAGUUACUUACAUUAAUGAAAGAGAGAAACCACUGACCCUGUAUGCAUUUGGAAGUGACAAGAAAGAAUUGGAGCAGUUUGUUCACAGAACAUCCAGUGGGAGCGUAGUUAUCAAUGAUACAUUGAUCCACGCAUCUCUGCAUUCGUUUCCAUUUGGCGGUGUUGGACAAAGUGGUAUGGGUGGCUAUCAUGGCAAGUACUCAUUUGACACGUUUUCGCAUAAGAAGCCCUGCUUGGUGAAGGACCAGUCAUUGGAGAGAAUUAACAA